UCAGCUCUACAGCGGGACCUUACCUGUUCCUCUAUCCAGUGCCGCGCUGUCUUCCCGGCUUCUGUAGUGUGGGCGCUCAGAUUGACAGCCCGGUGCGCAUGCGCGAGAAGCGGUGCACUUUGUGAAUGGUAAGGUGGCACCUGGGACACAUGACAGGUCCCAGAAGCCGCCGGACCAAUCACAAAGCGCAGCUCGCUUCUCGCUCAUGCGCACUUGGCACCCGGCUGUCAAGCCAAGCGCCCACACUACAGAAGCCGGGAAGACAGCGCGGCGCUGGAUAGAGGAAUAGGUAAGGUC